GUUGCCACUUCGGACACAGAAGCGGAGGUCUACUUCAGUCGGUCGUCAUCAUCGUGUACAAGUAGCACGAGUCAGCGAGAAGAGUCGUCUGUCUUUGUGUUUCAUCGUCGUCAAUGAGUUUUCGUUUAUCCGCCAAUAAAAGACAUCGGGUGUUUCGGUUCGUUUAUAUCCGCCAAUAAAAAACAUCGGGUGUUUCGGAUUGUCUUCGGUUUUUAGGGCGAUAGAAAUGCUUCUUUCAAGAUUGAGGUACUACGUCUUGCAUGUUCAACUUUUCGAGACUGAUCGAGCGAAUCAAAGGAUUAGGAAAGACAAUCUCGACUACGCAAAAUUGAGGAAAACUCGGACAACUCCGGCAAAUAUUUGAAAAGUAUUCGUAAAUAGGGCUCGUUUAUCGUGACGGAAAGAGAUCUUCGUCCUCAAAUCUACUGCAAAAACAGCAAUAAUUCCGGACAGAACUGUGAUUAGUCUAUCGAGUAUUAUCUGAGCCGUGAGGACGGGAGUAUUAUCUGAGCCGUGGUGGGGAGGGGCUCGAUUGCUCAACAUGAAUUGAUAAAGUAAUUUCAGUGAGUGUCAACAAUUUGCUGACACUGAAAACUGGUCCCUGAAGAUUUACAAUAUCUACUUCAUUCGUGACCAAGUGAAAAUUUGCACCACUUCAUCAAUGAUCAACAUGUUUACCUCGUAAGUGCUUUACAAAGAGACAGCCCAGCAAAAUGAGUUCGCGAAGCGGGGGGUCCGCUCGUGGUGGGAUCGACAAGACGGUCGGAAGCACGAUCGACGGGUCUGCUGCACCAGCACCGACGCCUCCUGGUUCUGGAAAAGGGAGUGCUACGAAAAGUUCAGCGCUCAUGCUACCUGGCACCGAGGAGAUGGAGGUGCAGGACUGGUUAGAACUUUGGGGAAUCGGCUAUGGACAAUGGAAGGUAUCCCAUUGCGCUAACGGGAUAUGGGCUGCAGACGGUGCAGAACUACUUCUUCUUUUAUGGGGUUACAGUCAACGUGAACGUACUAGUACUUGUUGCAUUUUUUAGAUGGAGAUUUAGAUACUUGCAUAUUUACUUCUGCUCCAAACUACUUGCUAAAUAAGAUGUAGAAUGAAUGAUUAAGAUUAUGCUGUUAUUAAGAUUAUGUCUAUCAUCUUUCCCGGAGAAGCUCCUACAGGUGACAUGUCUCUAUGGUGACUUUAAUACUAAAACUGCAUAUUUUUACAUGCAUCCUCUCCUCGUCCUCUGUCUCGUCUAAUUCCGGGUUCCCUAGUUCGAGCAGUCACCGAAGAAUGGAAUUUUUCGGCUUUUGAGCGGGGCGCGAUUGUAGGCGUCGUUUUUAUCGGCGUCUUUUUUGGAAAUCUCCUAAGUGGAACACUUGGAGAUGCGAUUGGUACUAGAAAAAUUUUUUCUAUCCCAAUGAAGAUCGACGAGAUGGGGUCGAAAAGAAUACCGGUACCAGAGCCAGACACUUUCGUUUAA